AUGAGGGACGAUGAGGACGCCGAUUUUUGGGGAGAAGCUGCCCCAAUUUUAGAUGAAGAUUCUGGAUCUGCAUUUGAACUGUCUGAGAGUGAACAACGCAUAUCCUCUGAGAGGAAAAGGGGCCUACAUGCUUCCAACUCAAGAAGAGACAGGAACAACAGCUCGCCAUUUGAGAGGAAAAGACGUUCUCGCGCUUCCGGCCCGAGAAGGCCCAGAAGCAACAUUUCGCCUCAGUCACAAGACGUGGAUGAACAGAGCAGUGAAGAUAUGCGGCAAUGGGCAGCAGAUUCUCAAGCAUCCCAAUCUCCCAGUGACCUAGAAAAUCCAGAAAGGUCUUCCCGGAAAAGGAGACGAGUGGAGUCCGCAACUGAGAUUAGAGCCAAGCGGGUAAAGAACCACAUCGCUGAAUACCGGGACCUCCUCAACUCUGAUAUCCACGACGCUGCAACAAGAAUACUCCAUGAAAACAAGGUUCCGCUUCCACAGAGCCAGAUUGGAGCUGUGAUAUGGACCUCAGCGGAGAAGGAGUUAUUUUUUUCUGCUUUAUCGCGUUUGGGGAAGAGUGAUUUGCGUGGUAUUGCUGAGCGGAUAGGGACCAAGUCGGAAGUUGAAGUGCAUGAUUAUAUUCGGCUUCUGGAUGAAGCAGUUAUAGAACGCAGGGACCAGGACACUCGAAAUUUCUCGCUUGGGGAUAUCCCGCCGGCACUGGAGAUCAGUGAAACAUGCUGUUUUCUUCUGGAAAACGCUGGCGAUGGCCUGGCGUCUCGUCAGGAGCAGCACGAAGAAGAGAAAGAGAUGGCUAAAUGGGGAGAUGGGUGGCUUGUAACGGAAGCUGUCAGCCGUCGGUUGGGCAGACUCAAAGGCGACGGAGAAGGCGACGAAGCCAUCGCUGAGGUUCUCCCAGCAGCCAACCUGUUCAAUCUCAGCUGUUGGUUGGAAUUAUCAACAAAAAUAUUUAUGAACCCGGCUGCCCCUUAUGAGGAUGGUAACUGGCGAAACUUGGUUCAGAAUGGAGAGAGGCCAGCUGUGCGAGCUACAGCAUUCGAAGACUUUCACUCUCUUGCAGUGAGUAUCACGAAACGGCUUAUUUCGACUGUGCUAUUCUGCACAAUGUCAAGGCUCCGAGCUACGUCUGCUAAGAAAACGAAACAUGCACAUGUCAAUCCGAAGGAUGUCGAAGCUGCAUUGCAUAUUCUCGGUAUGAAGACAGAUAGCCAGGAGUUUUGGAGGAAAUGCGCCAGGAGAUGCCACUUGCGGGUUGUGGACGAUGAAUGGCCAGACGAAGAUAUAUACACGCCAAUGACAUAUGAUGAGGUCGAAGAGGCGUUGGAACCUACACAGCUCUCGCGAUCUCGCUCGGUCUCACAAUCCGCAAACCAUCCUCCGCAAUCUUCGUCAAGCUCCUCAGAGUCAGAGCUCCUCGUCUCGGAUAAUGAAUCCCUUCUCAGCGACGACGGCGAUGCUGACUUAGCCGCCUCCGACCUAUCGGACAGCUCCCGUACCCCCCGCAUUGAAACCAGCCCAAGGCCAGAACUGGCCAUAAAUGCGGCGGAGCACGCCCAAGACCAGUACCUAGAGACAAUAGACCUGCAUGUUAGCCAGGCCGAAGAAUCGCGCUUAUGGGAACUAUUAGGGGAAGCACCACCCUUUGACAUCAAACCCGAGCCCCCCGACGAGUUGGAAAGACUUAAGAUGAGUAAGAACAGAAUAGAUGAUGAAGGGGAUUGGAGACAGCAUACGGAGUAUUGCAGCGAAUGGGAGCUUUUCGAGAGGCCUGUUCCGGAGAAGAAUUUUGAGAAGGCUAAGAGGAAGAUGAUGAGAAGAGGGGAACGGGGAGGUACAGGUGAGAGAGUGGAGGGUGACAGUAGCGACUCAGAUAUUGAAGAGAUUGAGGGGACUGAACACGAUGACCAGAGCGAAGUAGAGGAAUAUGAAGAAGAAUAUGAGGAUGAGAAUGAGGACGAGGACGAUAUUAUGGUGGAGAAUGAUGGUAUUGAGGAGUUGCAGGACGAGGUUUUCGGCCCUGAUCCGACCCGGUUCCUAGUUGGGGACGACGAGAGAACAUCUCAUCUUAGAGAAUCCCCUCUGGUCUCUCAAACUUUAGGGGACGGAAUUAAAAUUGAAAUGGAAGAUUAA